AUGAAAAACGAUAUUUUCUCUUUUGCACGACAAUUAACCAUUAGAACUUAUGCCAAUGAUGCUCUUCAAUCAUCAGUUUCGCACGAAAAUGACAUAAAAUCUUUAAAAAAAAAAGUUGUUCACCAAAAAGCUAGACCGGAAGAUUUAAGCUCUAGAGAGGGUCAUUAUUUGACUAUGGCCUACGCUACUGCAAAUUCCUAUGAUUUGAAAGGUAUAAAAGAAGCCCUGGUGCAACAAAAGCUGUAUGAGCCUGCAAUGUUGAAAGUGUCGGGGGAUGUAAGAGAUGUGGUGGUAGCUUAUGCAGUAUACAGUGUAGGGUCUGAGCCUAGGGAGAUAAUAAUCUUCAAAGAAGGGGGCAUUGUUUUUUGGAAUUGCACCGAGUGGGAAGCCAGUAAUGUGCUGGAUUUUAUUAGGCCGUUCGAAGUGGAGAGUUAUCCACGGGACGUAGUGGAGAAGGAAAGAGAAGUUAUGACAUAUGUUUACCAAACAAAUUCUAGAAAAUGUCACCUGCAGGAGUCAUCGUUCAUUCUGGUAAAGGACAGAGACAACUCACUGGAGCGGUAUACAUUCAGCCACGCGAUGGUGCAGUCGGCGCGGCUGGGCGCGUUCGAGGCGCGGCUGGAGGCGCUCGCCGCGUCCGUCAGCGCGCACACCGCCGCCAUGCAGCGCACCGGACAAGCGCACCUAGACAAGAAAGCGGUAGUCCGAAAACUUGGUGAAAUAUUCGCCCUCCGACAUCGUCUGAAUAUAGAGUCUGAUCUACUUGACACUCCUGACUUCUACUGGGAAGAAGAGCAGCUGGAGCGGCUGUACUCCAGCACUGUAGCGUACUUCACCAUACCCAGGCGGACCAGGGUGCUGAACGAGCGGCUGUCGCACUGCGUGGAGCUGCUGGAGCUGCUGUCGUCGUGGGCGGCGGACCGGCACCACGUGCGGCUGGAGUGGAUGGUCAUCGCGCUCAUCCUCGCCGAGGUCUGCUUCGAGCUGCUGCAUCUGUUCGAGCGGAAAUGGAAGUCGACAUCAGAACGACGUGGUCCUCGCGCUCGCCACUUUUCGUCGGAUAUCGAGGAGGGGAACAUCACUAACUAG